AUGGUUACUGUUGUCACCAAUCGGUCCGAUUUUGACCAGCUCGACAUUGAUGAUAUCUUGGGUAUUCUUCUUAGUUAUGAAGCUCGGUUAGAGCAACAACAUCCCCCAUCCAUACCUCUCAACAGCAACCCCCAGAAUGGUUCUUCUCUUACCAUUCGUGGUCGUAGCUAUGGGCAUGAGGAAUGUGAACCAAUAACCUUUCAUGGAGGUGUCUCCAACUUUAAUCCCACAUGGUAUCCGGAUUCUAGCGCCACACAUCAUAUGAUAUUAGAUAUCGAUAAUAUGCAAAAUCGUUUUGAUUAUGGAGGUUCGGAUCAAGUUAAGGUCAGCAACAAGACACAGUCCACAGGGAGAGAGAGAGAAGAGAGGAGAGAGAGAGAGAUCAAUAAUGGCGGUUCCGUCUACUCAGAUGUUGGCCAGUACGGCACAACACAACACAACUUUCCACACGAGCUCACCCACACGAGCGCUACUCACUCGCCUUUCCACAAAUGCUUACCUGAAACCCCCUCAUUCUGGGAAUUUUACAACUUAGCCCUUUUUACUUUUUCCUUUCCUCGUACGCUCUACUUCCUAUUGUCCUCAGAUUUCAAUGGCAACCUUGUAAUUUUUGCUGUUUUGAGGACUCCAUUGCCAUUCAUCAGUCCGUCCCUUCUCCUUCCCAGGAUCAGGGUCCCACGUUUCUCUCUCUCUCUUUGCCCGGAAGGGAAAAAGGAGGAGAGAACAAAUCUCUUUCUCUUUCUCUCUCUCUCUCAUAUCUGUUGCCCUGUUGGUGUUCUGUUCGGGUUCUUUGACUUGGACUCACWCGCUAUCGCAAUAAUAGCAUCGCCUCCUCAAUCUCUUUCUGAGCUUUUAAUCCUACCAUCCACAUUUCUGCUAACGUGCGCAGCCUUUUUAGCUUGGCGAUGGGCGUACUACGCCAUCAGCACCAGCACCUCCACCACUUUCACCAUCAUCAUCAUCAUCACCGUCUCACUGCUGCAGCUGCUCUCGCUCUUAUCUUCAUUGCGUCCGUCUCCGUCACGGUUGUCUCCUCGGCCACCCAACUGGGUAUGUCGUAUUGGGUUAGUAGGAGUGAGCGGAGUGAAGUUGGAGAAAGAGGAGGAAGAGAAAAGGGGUGGUGGAUUGGAGGCGUUGGAGCGACUUGUGACGCGGAGGAGACUCACUGGGCCGGGAUCGUCUCCACCAACGUGCCGGUUCAAGUGUGGGAGUUGUUCGCCCUGCCUGCCGGUGCACGUGCCUAUACAGCCCGGUCGGAGUUUUCCUCUGGAGUACUACCCUGAAGCUUGGCGUUGCAAAUGUGGCAAUAAACUCUUCAUGCCUUGAUGAACCAUAAACGACUAUACCUGCAGCCCCAAAACGAAGACUUGGAAACAGAAGGAGAAACCUCUCUUCCCUUCCUCUUAAUAUGUUUCUUCCUCUACUCACUUACCUGUAUCUGAUUCUCCAUAUUUUCUUCUAUGUAUGUAUUGAUUUUCUUUCAUGGAAGAGGCAAGGACACAUGGGUAAUGUAAUUUUUUAACUGAGUUGAUCAUCAGGACUCUCUCUCUCUCUCUCCCUGUUCUUCUAAUUUGUCAUGCCUGUGUAAUUACCAUGAGAUGAGAUAGUUAGGCAGUAAAAAGUGAAAGUUGUUAAGAGUGAAAGAUGGGUUUAGAGUAAA